AUUUCCUACGCUUCCCGUAGCCAAAUCAGCACUUCCCUGGCGCCGUUUGUGUAGAGAACUCUAUCUUCAUCGAACGCUGUUCCUCCUACAAAGCCACGAGACAAUAACAAUGUCGAGCGGCCAUUGAGAGCAUUUUGCCGUUUCGUGUAUACAUGUUUGCAGCCGACGUAUGCCUGGGGUUUUUUUAUAAAUAGAAAAAGAAGAGAACUGAGGUUUAUUUAUUUUUUUCUCUCUCUUUCUGGCUACGGUUCCGCGCGAUGAAACCACGCAUGUGUUGAUCUGUGCUGCAGCAACGUGCAUCAAUUCCUCUUUGACCCCAGAGUUAAUCUGCAUUCAGACAGAAGCUUCAAUGCAUUUUCCUAUCUGCUGGAUUUUAGGGUUUUCUGGGGCCGCUGCGUUUAUGUAAUUUUUUAUUUUUGGCAUUUAUUUCUUAAGAUUUGGAAAGCUCGCCUUGCGCCUUUGGUCGGUUUUGUGGCCGCUUCCGCAACACCGCAACAGAUCUGAUCUCCAAACCUGAAAGCUAAUGCAGCCUGCUAUGUGCGUAAUGUGUCACAGCGAAGAUACACUGUAAAUAAAGGGACACGUCCAUCUGCAAUUGAGAGAGGAAAAAAGAAGACGUUGAUCAUGGCUCCACCAAAUUUAACGUUCAAAUGCUCGGCUGCGAUGGCGAAGCCUGCUUACUCUGUAAAAAUAAUUCUCUGGGUAUUUCUAAUCGCUAAUCUUCCUACAAGCUCUCUCCAAACUGAAAAUGACGAUGAUGAAGUGUCGAAUAAAACGUGGGUGUUGACUCCGAAAGUGUACGAAAGCGAUGUCACUCACAUCUUAAACAGCCUAUUACACGGCUAUGAUAACAAGCUGCGACCGGACAUAGGAGUCAAACCGACUGUAAUCCACACGGACAUGUUUGUUAACAGCAUUGGUCCGGUAAAUGCUAUUAAUAUGGAGUACACCAUCGACAUCUUCUUCGCGCAGACCUGGUACGACCGGCGGCUGAAGUUCAACAGCACCAUGAAGGUGCUCCGGCUCAACAGCAACAUGGUGGGCAAGAUCUGGAUCCCCGACACCUUCUUCCGCAACUCCAAGAAGGCCGACGCCCACUGGAUCACCACGCCCAAUCGCAUGCUGCGGAUCUGGAACGACGGCCGGAUACUCUACACGCUCCGGUAUAAUCCAGAUGGUUACCCCAAAGAGGAGAUCAUCUACAGGUGGAAGCGGAGCUCGGUGGAGGUCGGGGACAUCCGCUCCUGGAGGCUGUACCAGUUCUCCUUCGUGGGCUUGAGGAACACCUCAGAGAUCGUGAAGACUGUGUCUGGAGACUACGUCGUGUUGACCGUCUACUUCGAUCUGAGCAGGAGGAUGGGUUACUUCACCAUACAGACCUACAUCCCCUGCACCCUCAUCGUGGUUCUGUCCUGGGUGUCCUUCUGGAUCAACAAGGAUGCAGUCCCUGCCAGAACAUCGUUAGGCAUCACCACCGUACUGACGAUGACCACGCUCAGCACCAUCGCCAGGAAGUCGCUCCCCAAGGUGUCCUACGUGACCGCCAUGGACCUCUUCGUGUCCGUCUGCUUCAUCUUCGUCUUCGCCGCCUUGAUCGAGUACGGGACGCUACACUACUUCGUUAGCAACAGAAAGCCGAGCAAAAACAAGGACAAGAAGAAGAAAAAUCCCCUCCUUCGGCUGUUUUCCUCAAAGACGCCCACGGUGGACAUCCGUCCGCGGUCGGCCACGGCGAUCCAGAUGAACAACGCCACGCACAUGCAGGAGCGGGACGAGGAGUACGGGUACGAGUGCCUGGACGGGAAGGACUGCACCAGCUUCUUCUGCUGCUUCGAAGACUGCCGGUCCGGGGCCUGGCGGCACGGGCGGCUACACAUCCGCGUGGCCAAAAUAGACUCCUACGCUCGCAUCUUCUUCCCCACCGCCUUCGGCCUCUUCAACCUGGUCUACUGGGUCUCCUAUCUCUACCUGUAGGCCCCCGCCCCGCCCACCCCCACAUAGCAUCUUAGCCGGCCUUUCGUAUACGAUCGUAUCGCAAAGAUCGUAUCUUGGUUUUUCAAUUUUUUUUUUUUAAUUUAUUUUUGAUUUUUUUUUAAAUCUGAAAAAUCCUUUAAAAAAGAAAAAAAAAGAAAAAAGCUUGCGGCUGUGUGAUGGUUUUUUAAAUUUUUUUAUUUAUUUACUUUUUUCUUCAAACCCAUUUCAAAAUCAGUUUGCUUCUUUUUGAAAAGCUCACCUGUCCCUGGUGCACGAAGCAAAUGCUGUAGCAAAACCGAAUGGGAGG